GAGCGGUCGGGGGGAGGCUGUUUAAUCGUUUUUCUCCGUCAAUCAAAGAAAAAGGGAGCGAAGAGGCCAGCGGGGAGCGAGGGAGAGAAAAAAUAAAAUAAAAUCUCCUCAGGGGAGGAUGUGAGAAUUAAUAAUAAAUUACCCAGAAGGCUAACGACAUUUUUUGAGGGCAAUUUUGAUUUAUUUUCUCUCGAAUCGUCUCGGUUGAUAAGCGGCGGUUAGCGAGCAACGCGAGGCACAAUUGUGUGAAAUUUUGAAUCGUGAUUGCCGUUUUCUUCCCCUCCUUUUCCAGCCUCAGUUAGCCCCUUUUAUUGUUAUUUUCCUCUUCUUCUUUACCUUUCUCAUUUUUCCCCCUCCCUCCCACCCACCGUCGCCCUAUACCCCCACGCCCCCGCCCCCCCAUUCCCACUCCCCAUUCCUGGCUCGAACCAUGUCGAUCUUGCCCUUCACGCCGCCCAUCGUCAAGCGUUUGCUGGGCUGGAAGAAAGGCGGCGAGUCGCAGUCUCCGUCUUCUCAGUCUCCGUCGCAGGCGCCGCCGCCGCCGCAGCAGCAGCAGCAGCAACAACAGCAGCAGCAGAACAACGGGCAGGACGACAAAUGGUGCGAGAAAGCCGUCAAGAGCCUGGUGAAGAAGCUGAAGAAGACGGGCCAGCUGGACGAGCUGGAGAAGGCCAUCACCACCCAGAGCUGCAACACCAAGUGCGUGACCAUCCCCAGCACAUGCUCUGAAAUUUGGGGACUGAGUACACCUGGUACAGUAGAUCAGUGGGAUACAACAGGCCUUUACAGCUUUCCUGAGCAAACCAGAUCACUUGAUGGUCGGCUGCAAGUUUCACAUCGCAAAGGUUUGCCUCAUGUUAUUUACUGUCGCUUGUGGCGAUGGCCUGAUCUUCACAGUCACCAUGAGCUUCGAGCCAUUGAAACUUGUGAAUAUGCUUUCAAUCUUAAAAAGGAUGAAGUGUGUGUCAAUCCAUACCACUAUCAGAGGGUGGAGACACCAGUUUUGCCUCCUGUAUUGGUGCCACGACAUACAGAAAUUCCAGCAGAGUUGCCCCCACUCGAUGACUACACACAUUCCAUUCCUGAAAACACUAAUUUUCCAGCUGGAAUAGAGCCACAGACCAACUAUAUCCCAGAAACGCCACCACCUGGCUACAUCAGUGAAGAUGGCGAGACGAGUGAUCAGCAAAUGAACCAAAGUAUGGAUACAGGGUCUCCUGCAGAAAUGUCACCAAGUACCUUGUCACCAGUCAAUCAUAGCUUGGAUCUACAACCUGUAACCUAUUCAGAGCCGGCAUUUUGGUGUUCAAUAGCAUACUACGAAUUAAACCAGAGAGUGGGUGAAACCUUUCAUGCAUCUCAGCCUUCAUUAACUGUGGAUGGGUUUACAGACCCUUCAAAUUCAGAAAGGUUCUGUCUGGGUUUGUUGUCUAAUGUCAACAGAAAUGCAACAGUUGAGAUGACGAGACGGCACAUUGGUAGAGGAGUAAGGUUAUACUACAUUGGUGGGGAGGUUUUUGCGGAGUGUCUGAGUGAUAGUGCCAUCUUUGUUCAAAGUCCAAACUGUAAUCAAAGAUACAGCUGGCAUCCUGCAACAGUAUGCAAAAUUCCACCUGGUUGUAACCUGAAAAUAUUCAACAACCAGGAGUUUGCAGCACUUCUAGCUCAGUCUGUAAACCAAGGCUUUGAAGCUGUUUAUCAAUUAACCAGAAUGUGCACAAUUAGGAUGAGUUUUGUGAAAGGCUGGGGUGCUGAAUACAGACGGCAGACUGUGACGAGCACUCCUUGUUGGAUUGAACUUCACCUGAAUGGACCCUUGCAAUGGCUUGACAAAGUUUUAACCCAAAUGGGGUCCCCCUCUGUCCGUUGUUCAAGCAUGUCGUAAAUAACUAUACUCCUAUUUCAGUAUCAAGAUGGGACUAAACAUAAGAUGGAGUCCAAUCAACAGACUUAAACAGCUUUUCUGUUUUAGUACUUGUGUUAUCCCAGAGACUGUUAAUACAAAACAAAAUCAAAAAGAAUGGCACUUGAUCUCAUCAAUUUAAGCACCUUGUUGAGUUUUAUUACCCCACACCCAGAUUAUGACAAAUGUAUUUGUGUAUUAAACACGUGAAUAUAGCUUAUGGCUGAGGGUGAAGGGAAAGCUGUGUAAAAUGACAUUGUGUUAAUGCACGUUGAGUGCCUGAGGUCCAUCAAUGACAUGUACAGUAUUUCAAUUGUGAUUCUACACACACUUAGUUAGGGAUUCUUCAUUAAAUGAAACCUGUAUCCUUGUCUCAUCCCCACCAGCCCCCUUCCUGCCUUCAAUUAAUUAAAAUCUGACGGGUACCUUAAUAUAAUUCAUACACAUUGCAGAUAACAGUUACUAAUGAAUUUAAAAUGAGAAAUCGAAAAGUCGAUGGCAGUGGGAAACAUAGCAUGAAUUUAGUUUCCACAUUGGAUUAAAACUGCCAUAAAUUCUCUGUUUUUAAAACAAAAUAUCACUGGCAGGUAAGUGAGUUUAAUUCCCAAAGAUUGCCAUGAUGCUGUUACUGCUGGAGAAAUACUGAGUUGUGACAGCCAAAGUUAGUUAAAUUUGGAUUUGCCACUAGAAGAGAUGAAUGUAGCUGAAACUGGCAUUUCACUAUACAGACACUUUCAGAGAUGGUCAGCAGAGGGAAAUGUACAGAACUGUAGUCAGAUCUGGCAUAUUAUUCAAUUUAGGUAAAGUAUCAAACUAGCAUAAAUUCCUGCUGAAUGUAGCUCAUAAGAACCUAAGUGAACUUGGGGGGAUAAAAUGAGUACUUCAUAAAUUUUACAGUAUUUUAUCAAAUUGUUAAAUAGUUGGACCUUGGAUUAAACAGCUUAGUACAGUUCAUUUAACUUUUGGUACCUGUUGAGCCUAAUUCUGAUCAUGUUGUUUCAAAAUGGUGUAUAAAUGAGAAACUUGUAAGCUAUUUUAGCCUCUACUUCAUUUAAAUUUGUUUUAGAAUGUAUAUGGUACUGAUGCUGUUCGCACAAAUCCUGGUAUUAAGCAGAGGUUGUAGCUGUUCUUCUGCAUACUGUUACAGUAACUUUUACUGAAGUCCCUGCUGUGAUUUCCUUUUGUCACUAUUUGGGGAAAAUCUUGGGACAAAAGUUCGUAUUUGUCAGGGCUUCUAAAACUGUCCAAAGUGGCACUGACAGUCUUAAUGGUAAACUAGAAGACCCUUCACACAUACCAGAUAAUUUGCCAUAUUGUACUUGGCUUUUCCUGUUAAUUGUGCAAAUUUUAAUAUUGCCCUAAAUUUGUUUUCCCUCUCCUAGCACUGAAAAUUUGUGAAACUGGGGUAGUAACAGAUCCAGCAGAAGGAUUGUUCCAGCAAGUUGUUGAGCAAUUUUUGAAGUUAACAGUAUUGCUGAUUAGGGCUUUGUUUGAAAGGGCUCUUUUCUUCAUAAUACAUUAUUUAAAGUGGCAUUGAAAAUAUUUGGGUUUAUUAUUGAUAGAUGCCAGUUGAUGCUCUUCAUUUGAGUUGCUACCUCUGGAUGAGAUCUGUGCCAUUUCCAUUUAAGUUGAAUUCUGAUUUAGGAUCAUUUCUGGAAAGAUGGGGUGGAAGGGGAGGAGAGACAAGUUUAUAUGAAUCAUAUUUUUAAGCAUUGGCUGAAAGAGUACAAUUGAGGGACUUGCUGCCUCAGUGUUUUUAGUCAAUUUUGCAUUUAGUCAUUUUGCCAGUGCAGUAUCAUGUUUAAAAUGUAAUGAACGUUGGUUGCAUCUUGUAAAUAUCUAUUACUGAUUUAAAUUGUCUUUUUUAAUCUUAAAUUGGACUUCUCAUAUUUGCAGAAUAUCCAAUUAGGCUAAAUAUUCCCUAUUAGGAAGGUAGAAAUUGAUCACAAACACUUCUUAACUUUCUACUCCUUCCUCCCCCAAGCUGUAAAAAGCACUGAAAUGUAGCGUAAAGUUAUAAAUGGAGUGUCUUAAUCAUUUUAGUAUUGCCGUUUUCAUUUAAGCAUUGCUUCUUUGAAGCAGUGAUUUGACUUCACUUUUGAAUUAUGUUUAAGAAAUAUCCACAAAAAGACACAAUCUACCUUGCAAUUUUAGUAUAAUGACUGGAUUAUAGCUGUACAUGUUCUUCAUGAUCCUCAAACACUCCAAAUUCAUGUACCCAAAAAUCUUAGGGAAUACAUUUUAAUGUGUUCUAUUUGUUUGGCAGGGUGGCUACAGGUGGGAUCUUUUUGAGGGGCUCUGUAACUUGUAAAAUAGAACACAAAUGUACAACUUGCUAAUAAUUCUGUGAUCUAGCUGUCUGUCAUAUUAUCAUUUUUGUGGCAGCUACAGGAUUGCUUUUUAAAUUCUUUGUUUAUUCCUUUUACAUUACACUAGUGCUGUACUUUGUAAGUGCAACUAGUGAUAGCUUAUUUUUUUUGAGAACCGAGAUGGCAAGUGUUAAUGCUUCCAAAAGGUGUGCAGCUGUGGCUAUUUGUAGGCCAUCAGAGACAGUUCUGCUUGCCAUAGAGUUUUGGGAAUGAAAGAAAGUAGCACCAAAUAAUAGAAAAUGGGCCAGACCUUUUAAAGGAAAACUAGCAGAGCCUUCACCAUUCUACUUGUGAGCUUGUUUUACUAGUAGAAUUCUGUAUUGGUAGAACUGGUGAAUUUGAAAGGAAAAUAUCUUCAGGCUUGUUGCAUAUGCAGACUAAGUGAAUACACUAAUAAAGUUUUAAUUCUGA